AUGGAUGACAUGACACAGUCUGAAACUAUUUCACCGUCGAGCGUGGAAAGCACUGAUGGCAACAGUAUCAACUCUGACGAUACUGACAAACAUUAUGCUGGGGUGUCUACGCAUAGUCUUAGCAACGACAACGAUAACGGCAGUCGUCCAAGCAGUUUCAACAAAGUUGAUUUUGAUAUGUCGUGUGCGUGUAGGGAUGAUAACAGCAGUGUAGAUAGAAAUAACAAAAUCGACAAAGAUGAUGUCGGAAUGUGUAUAUGCAGUCAUAGCAAAGACGACAACACUGACAAUAGCUCUUCGAGCAGCAUCAGCAAAAGUGGUGUUGAAAUGAGUAUGUCUAGCGAUGAUAAUGGCAAACAAGUAGAAGUUGGUAUUUGUUCACAUCAGGGGGAUGUCCACAUUUGUACAAGUAAGGAUAGCAACGAUAACAACGAUAGCAAAAAUGCUAACAUCAGCAGCCAAGUCAAGAACGAUGGUUUCGUUGAUCAAGUAGUUCUGCCCAAUUGGCCAUCUUCUGAAGCCACCCCAACAUUGGCAAAGCAAAACCCCGAGGCUGCUCGGCCCUGUCUCAAUGACUUCCAUAGCGCUUCUGGUGUAAAAGUGACUCUCAACAAUGAGGAUCUUUCAAACGAAAAGGUGGAUAACGUUGAGGUUGAAGUGGCGAUGGAAACGGUGAAAAAAGUAUCCAAUGAAAAGACAAACCCAAUGGCGAACGGAAUGGAGGAUAAAAUUGUGGCCGAAAAAGUGGGUGUAAUUCCGAAUAAUAUGGCGAAUGAGCUAAAGGGUGAAAUGCUGAAUGAGCCAGCAGAUGAAAAGUCAGACAAGCUAGAAGAUGAAAUGGCGGAGAAACUAUUGUAUGAAAUGGUGGAUGAGCUAGUUGGUGAAAAUGCGGAUGAAAAGGUUGAUAAGCUUGCGAAAGAAAUAGCAGAUAAGUUAGCAGAUGAAAUGGCGGAUAAAUUAGCUGAUGAAAAUGCUAAUAAGUUAGCAGAUGAAAUGGCGGAUAAUUUAGCUGAUGAAAGUGCAGAUAAGUUAGCAGACGAAAUGGCGGAUAAUUUAGCUGAUGAAAGUGCAGAUAAGUUAGCAGAUAAUAUAGCUGAUGAAAGUGCAGAUAAGUUAGCAGAUGAAAUGGUGGAUAACUUAAUUGAUGAUAUGACGAAUAAAACUGGGGAUAAAAAGACUGACACGUCAAAGAGUACAAAGACGGAAAAACUCUUUGCCGAGUUCAUGUCCAGACAAGACAGAUGUGCUGGUCAAGACAGCGGCAGUGUCCAGGGCAUGAGGAGAGUACAGAGCAACUUAAACCCUUCCACAGCAACCCAAACUGGUCCAGCAAACUCCACUGCUGUUCGUCGUAUCUGCAGCGACUCCAAGCUUGCCGGGGACUCCUACAAUGUCCCACAAGAACUUCCCAGAAAAUCAUCCGCCCCGGCGGGAGAGCUUCACGUUCGUUUUUUCCUCGGAGUGGCUGGGGAGUCGGACGGUGCCGUUCCUGCCCAAACUCUUCUUCGGUCCGGUAACAAUGUAAGAAGAGACCGAACGCGUCUUCAGAACAGUCGUACACGGAGUCAUUCGGACUCCUCCGACACGUACGCACAAGAGGGGGCUGGUGAGCUGUCGCAAGAAGAUCAACAUCAUUCUUCUUCGAGAUUUUCGAGGUUCAAAGAAAUAUUUCGGUCCAGUAUCAAAAGGAAGAAAAAGAAGAAUUCAGAAGCGGUUGGAAAUGCCGACGGUAGUGGUUGUGAUGGGGUGGUGAUUGCUGCAGGGAAGGAUUGUAAUAAGCAGCGAGUUGUUUUGAAUUCUGAGAGAACGUCAAGUAGCAUGAGGGGCAGCGGCGCAUUGGGCGCUCCGGGAAGUGAAUCUUGCGCCGGGGGCAGAGCGAUGACCACAUCGGGUGAGGAAAAAGAUGUCAGAAAUAAACCAGUAACCUCCGACCCGGGAACAGAUUCCAACGAUGACGGGGAGUUCCCUACAACCUUCGAAGCUGAGCACGGUCAAAGUCAAGAUCAAAGUCAGGCUGAAGACUACGAUCCAGGAAAUAUUUUUGAAGGUUUUGAUCUGUGUCAAGGUUAUAGGAAAGGUGUUGAUCAGGAUCAAGGACACGGUGGUCACUCGACGGCGGGAUGGCAAGGCGGCCCCCUCCGUUUCAGUUUCCGGCGCACCCAGAGCACAAAGUCCCGCCGUCUGAAACCUCUUUUUGAAGAGGAAGACGGGGAGGAGGAGAUUGCCUCUUCUCUCGCUCACAGUGCCGCGGACGCAUCUGUCCUGGCGCAGACGUCACGCUGGUCUAUAAAACGACGACGUCAGCGGUUGGCAAACGCUUAUGACCACCAAAAUCAUCGUCAUCAUCAUCAUCGUUCUUCGUCUUGUCGGUCUACAUCCAGCCGCUCCAGCCAGAACAACAACGACCAUGAUGAUGAUAAUGAUAAUGAUGAUGAUGACGACUGCGACGACAAUGACGACUGCUACAAUGGCCAUGGUCGACUGCGCCAUCACCACCAUCCGUAUUACGACCAUCAUCAUCCGAACAAAGUCAGGAGUAUCAACGACAGGCACACUCGUAGCAAUUCCUUCAAGUCCCUCAAAAAUCACGUGUCGUCUUUUCUUGACCAUUUGCCCAGUCUCCACGGAUCUCCUUCCUCACACAGAAGGUUCUCCAGAGGACAACGCUUACG